AUGGAACCCUUUGAAUGCCAGCAUGCAACUCUGGUCGAGCCCUUUUCAUGCCGUCGCCAGAGCAUGGGAGAGCAUGGGGAAAACCAGCAUCAAGUGGCGCAGUACACUCUGGAUGAACUUGAAGCUGGCUCCGACUUCUCCCUCUCCGACGUUGCUAUCGCAUACAAGACGUCUGGUCACUUAUGCGGUCUCCAGGAUGUGACGUCACAUCAAACUGUACACGCCGAAAGUAAUGCGCUGGGCUACGGCACCUUGACGAGAGUAUAUAAAGUUCGUCGUCCCUUGUGCACCCAGGGUACUCCUCCCUCACAGCUGAUCGUUGAAUCUGCGGCCGGGGCUCAUGCUGCCGGUGGUGGGAUGACAUGGCGGAAAACUGUGCGAUCAGAAGAAUAG